AUACGUCACCGGAAGUUGCGUUCUUACACACGCGAAAGAUGUCUGCGCUCGACGUCCAGGAUUUCAUCCAGCAGAACCGGGCCACGGCCCAGCAGGCGGAGACGUUUCGGGGUUACUGGGAGAGCGACAAGCACUGGGAGGCGCGGAGGGAGUUCAUCCUGCGGAACAUGAGCGACUUUGAGGCGGAUCGGCUGGACCAUCUGCUGUCCCUGUCCAUGGUGUGGGCCAACAACGUCUUCAUGGGCUGCCGCUACAGCGCGGCGCUGCUGGAAAAAGUGAAGGAAAUGGCCGACGGCAUCAUGGUGGAGGACGCGCCCGUUUUCAAGACCAGAGAUGAAAUCAUUAAAAGUCAGCAGGGCCGAUGACCGGAACCGGACCCGUCGGGUCAGAACCGGAAAAGCUGAAAUGUUUACCAACAUGGACCAAGUUUUUAUGGUUUUACAAAUUGUUUUAAAUCAUGUAAAGAAACGGCUGUAUUUUCAGGGUAUGGUAGCAUCUUAUUGCUUAACUUUUUAUCGACUUUACUAGGAAUGCACCGAUAUGAAAAUUUGUUGUGAUAUUUAAUAAUAUCAUUAUGGCCAAUAAUCAAUAUUAUAUACAUUUCUCAAUCGUUUUGACACCUUUGGAAAGAAAACAACAAAUAAAUAUUGGUUAAUAUCAGCCUGGUCUUA